AUGAAUUAUCAUCUAGUUCGUUUAACUUUGAAGAUGCUACUAAUAUGUAUUACUGUAUGCGCCGAUUAUACACCUUCGCAGGAUGUAGAUCCACUAGAUAAUGGCGAUGAUGAUGAUGAUGAUGUGAAUAUCUGUCCAUUGAAAAAGUGUCAGCGUGGUUUAUGCAAUCAGAUGAAAUGCGUUUGUGAGAAGUGCUGGAAAGGCGAAUACUGUGAUAUAUCAGUAUAUUUACACAAUAACAUUGGUAACGUUAUGCUUGCUAUAAUUCUAGUUAUAGAAAACAUUCGUUUCAGUAAGAAGGUUUUCGAAUUCCAUGUUCUACGAAAUGUGACCGAAACUCCAAAUGAAAUUCUCGGACAUCUUACACUCAAUGGAAAGACUAUUGAUGAAGUGAAUGAAUGUGGUGGUCAAAUUUAUUUCGUACUUGAAGAAAAGACAGACAGCAUAUUUUCGCCUUUUUAUGUGGAAAAUAGCACAGGUUUUAUUCGUUCCAAUGGUUUGAAAAAUUACUGGAUAAAUCAUUCAUCUUCGAAUUUGUCAAUUAACGUAAAAGUAUUUAUUACUCCUGAUAAGGAAAUGGAUACAUCACAAGUUAUCGUGUUCUGGAAUUCCUCUCCUUCAACGGUAUACAAAAGAAGUGCUAAUCCUGUGGGAAAUGACCUACGCAUAACAACCAGUUAUUCAAAAACUACUGCAUGGUGUAUCGGUGAAUUCAUUAUACUGACUGUUCAGCUUGGUUUACCUUCUGGAACCACUUCAAUAAGUGUGAAAAUGUCUGCUCCGACCUACAAUUCUGCGUUCUACGGUUUUACAGAAUUCACUGGCAUCUCUAAUAUUGGCGCACGAAUUCUUAACAGAAAUUUCACCAUCAAUGUGAUGAAUGUUACAGGAAAUAGUAUCUAUGAUCGAAAAACUGUCACUACAACUGUCAGCCUAUCAGACCUCAUGGUAGAUGAUAUACCUAAUUAUACAGAGGAUUAUACACUGACAUUACAAUUCAUUGUUGGUUUAUGGCCUAAUAGUUCAACAAUACAAGGGAAAUUGGUUAACACUCAAUGUGAUGUUUACAGGGAUAAUUUAACACAGACUAAUGUUACCACUAAUACAGUUGGUAGUGCAUGUCCUGUUUCUUCACCGGAUAUAACAAUUUUAUCAAAUAUUGCUUAUAUUGUACCAGGAGAUAUAGUCCUGUUUGAAGCUGAAGUACUUCUGGUAUCUGAGAUGGGAAAUUAUAUGUUUUCUGUAUACACAAUUGGUCAAUCAGCUACCAUCAGCAACUUUAACAUUACGCUGAAAAACGGGAUGAGCUACACCCAGGGACCUGGAACAAGGCAGUAUAAAGAUGGGGUAUUGAAGAAAUGUGUUCUGGCGAAGCAGAUCGAUAUCGAUGUCAUUGGACUGAAAAGUUUAUAUGCAAUGGCAUUAUCUUUACCAAAAUCAGAUCGUUCCGUCAGACUUGUCGCCUACAUUCAAACCACAUCUUUUGCUUCAACAAGAGCUAUUCUUGGAUUUAGAAUGCGUCAUUCUGUGACAAGUGUUCUUUUCCAAGAGAUUCAAGUGCCUAUUAUUGCUGACUACAGAAAUUUCAAAACUGUAUUGCAGCCAUCGAUGGAUUUAUCUAUGCAACCGAAUGUGGUUGAAGUUGAAAAGUUUGCUGAAAUUCAGGUGGCUAUAAACAUUCCACCUACAUCUAAGCAAUUAUAUGCGUUUGAAGUUAGUUUAACACGAGCCAUUUUGGGUGAAAUAUGCUACGCAAGCGUUAUUGAAGUCGGAUCAGGAAUCACAACACGAAUACCAGGAAUGAGAUUGCACGUAGAGUAUGAAAUGCAAAAGUUGACAAUUCUUCGAACACUUGCAACAGUCCAUAUUGGAGUAUUAGAAAAUCCAACAAAUAGUAGUCAGGAUUAUUAUAUUGUGUUCAAAAUCGUAGUGAAGGCACGUUCAGAUCCAGCUUAUCCAACCGUCACCGAGACUCAAAUGGAUACAAGAUAUCUUAUCAUGGGAUCAUCUCAGAGACAAGAUUCUAUUAUAUUUUCUAUUAUCAAUGCAGCAAUUCCACCAAUUACGGCAGUUGAUUCCCCCCAGAUAAAUAUUUACAAAUCAGAGCCACCGCAAACAGAACCAAUGGAUACAUAUCAAGCAAUAGUGAAUGCUGAGAUCAGUUGGUCUGAACAAGUUAUCUAUAGUCCAAUAAAGUUUUCAUUUUCAAUUACGGGCUCUAGUUCGACUGUACUAGAACAAAAAUUUAUUUCUAUCGGAAGGUCACUGGUUACUUUAGUUCCUAUCAACGCAAACAUGUCAAUUGUAAACAAUAUUGCAGUGAUCGAAUUCCCUUCAAUUUAUGUUGAUUCUACAUCGAAUAAUUAUGACGCCAAACUAACUCUCUGGUAUGCAAUCAGGAUCGUUGGAACAGCAAAAUUUUCAGCUAAAUUAGAUGUAUCUAUUGGAGUUUAUUUAGUCAGUGGUCAGGUUACUUUUUCACCAAUUGCAGCUUCAGCCCCUCCACAACUGACAAGUAGUCAAGUUCCGUAUUGGACACUUGAAAGUUUGGCAACUUCACGCAGUAAUACAAGUGUUAUCCGUGGUGGAUUCAACUUACUCUCUGUCAGUCUAGUUAUAGACUCCAGAGCAAGGCAAACAUACAGAAUUCAGAUUUACCUUUUUCAACUUCUGGAUAUUUUAGCCAUAAUGCAACCGAAAAUCCUUGAUACUGGUAGUGCUGUUUGCACAUCUGGAUUUCAAACAACUUUUACUGCUACUAAUCUAGAAAUAAACAUGGGUUCUCUGUAUUUUGAAAAUAAUGAAAACCCGACUAAAUCGAAAGCUGAAAAGUCAGCAAUCAACAUUCUUAUACCAAUGAAUGUGAAUACAAUGGCUACUUCGUAUGUUUCAGUUCGUUUCACUCUUUAUUAUGGAACUCAAAGUAGUCAAACGUAUGUGAAUGUAAAUGUUCUUGCAUCUGAGGUAAGUGGUUGCUUUUCUUCACUACUACUUCUCCUUGUUUAA